AGAUAUACAUAUACUAACGGAUUGUGUAAUUUUGCGAAAUCAUGAUCACGAUCAGAUAUAUCGAAUUUUAUUCGAGCGAGAGAUCUUUGCUCAACAAGGGAAUUAUUAAGAGCACGAUUUAUCGAUAUUAUCAAUACAAUUUAUGAAAUAUUAUCGGAAUAUGCGACACACACACACACAUAUGCGCCGAGAUAAUAUCUUUUACAAUUAAUUACGAAAUGUGUAAAAUCCCAUCGUGCUAUGUAUGUAUGUAUCGUAGAUAAAAACGGAGAUAACACCGAAUAGCUCCUAUAAAAUAUAGAAUUUCACGCACUUUUCACUUGUCACCCAUCUUUCUGGCGAGCCCGAUCAGUGAGCGCGAUUUGUCAAAGAUGGUACGGCGUCUUCAUCUGCAGGGAUACGAGAGUUUUGUCAAAUAUGUAGACGAUCUGGGAACCGCGGAACAGGUGUAUGUACUUUACACCGGCACGAAGCUAUCCGAUACCGGCAAAAGCUGGUGUCCGGAUUGCGUGGAAGCUGAUCCAUUUAUUGAACAAGGUUUUGAAACGGCACCUGAAGGAACACAGUUAGUAAUAGUGGAAGUUGGGGACAGAUCAUUUUGGAAGGAUCGUGAUUGUCCAUUCAGAACAAAUCCUAUUACCAAGUUGAAAGUCUUGCCAACUCUAAUUAAAUGGAAUACUGAAAAACGUUUAGAGGGUGAUCAAUUGCUAAAACCUGAACUUAUUGAUAUGUUAAUCACAGAAGAUGAUUAAGUAUAAUACAUUUUUUUGUAUUUUAUAUAAAAAGUAUAUUGUACAUAUCACGUGAAUUAUAAAUAUUCUAU